AUGACCAGCCUAGCCCACAGACUGCUGGGAGGCAAGCUUGCCACCGACCUCCAGGACUUUGACUUGCGGAAGCGAUCCAUUAGCAUUGGCAGCAACUUGGGACAUGUGGUGAAAGAUGUCUACUAUUGGGAGCCGAAGUCCCUGCGAAUUCGGACCAUCAACUGGUCCUAUGUUUUCUUGGCAGAGUACUUGCCAUAUGCAUACGGGUUUUCCAUUGCCGCUGUUGGCGUUCUCCUGGCCUACCGGCUGUACAUGUGGCGCUUGGAUGAGCUGAUGCGAGUUUGGUCGAUGCUUCAGGACCCACUGAUGAUGCAGGUGAUCGGCGCAGCAGCGUUAAUCGUUGCGUAUGCCAGCCAGCACAAGUCGUCCAUCUACUGCUUGGACAACAUCGUUUUCAAGCCGCCACAGGAGUGGCAGGUGAGCAGAGAAGAAGUGCUGAAAAUGAUGCGGGCGCAGGGCUGUUUCAACGACAGCUCCAUGGAGUUCCAGGAGCGCAUUCUGGACAGCUCUGGCACAGGCGAGUCCACCCACUGGCCGCCAGGCAGUCUACGAUCCAAGGAUGGCAUGACCAAGGGUCAGUGCGACAUGGAGGCAGCACGCGACGAAGCGCACAUAGUGAUUUUUGAGCUGGUUACGGAGCUGCUCAAGCGCACACGG